AAGAUGACUGAUGUGAUGACAGAUAUGUGCAUAUCAGAAAGUCUGCAGGAAUUGAUAAGAGAAGCAUGAAGGGUGAAUGUGAGUUGCUAGUUGGUGUAUGCCCAGCUCUCAGUAUCUGACUGAUUCCGACACACAGCAUCUCCCUCUUCAGAGGAGUAUUCCUUUCACUGCAUCUCUCACUCACUCUGCUCCCCCUCCCUUUCCACUCCUCUCCCUUCUCCGCCACUGCCGGUAUCACACUCUCUCCACUUGUUUUUCUACAAUCUUUCUUCCUCUUCAGACCCCGCUCUCUAUCUCACUCUCCCCUUUCUUCAUUCUCCCUCAUCCUCUCUCUCUCUAUUUCUCCCUCUUCCUCCACUCUUUCUCUGUUCAUACAGAGGAAUGCAGUAUGUGGCAGGCUGUGGCUCUUUGGCUGUUGAUACUUGUAACUCUGCUCCAAGUAUCACUGCAGGGUCCUCACCAGCGGUUUCUGCUCAGGGAGCUGCUGAAGGACUACAACCCUAUGGAGAGACCGGUGGCCAACGACUCCCAGAGUCUCACUGUUCAGUUCUCCUUCACGCUAAUGCAGGUCAUGGAUGUGGAUGAAAAGAACCAGAUCCUCACCACGAAUGCCUGGCUACAGAUGCAGUGGUACGACCACUACCUCCAGUGGAACCAGUCAGAGUAUCCUGGAGUUAAGAACCUCCGUUUCUCUCCCGGCCAGGUCUGGACACCUGACAUAUUGCUUUACAACAGUGCUCAUGACAAGUUUGAUGCCACCUUUAAGACCAAUGUGCUGGUGAACUCCAGCGGCUUCUGUGAGUAUCUGCCUCCAGGAAUAUUCGUCAGCACCUGUAACGUGGACGUGCGAUGGUUCCCGUUUGACAUCCAGCGCUGUGAACUGAAGUUUGGCUCCUGGACCUUUGAUGGCUGGCUGCUGGACAUACAGAUGAAGGAGGCAGAUGUGUCAGGGUACAUGACCAACGGAGAGUGGGACCUAGUGGAGGUCCCUGGAGGUCGUCACGAAGUUUUCUACGACUGCUGUGCAGAGCCCUACCCCGAUAUUACCUUUGUGGUGACCUUACGAAGGAGGACCUUGUUUUACGCUCUCAACCUCCUCAUCCCCUGCGUACUCCUCUCCUGCAUGACCCUGGUGGUCUUCCUGCUCCCCGCCAACUCGGGGGAGAAGAUCAGCCUGGGCAUCACGGUUCUGCUCUCUCUGACCGUCUUCAUGCUGAUGGUUGCAGAGAUUAUGCCCGCCACUUCAGAUUCUGUACCCCUGAUAGGUCAGUACUUUGCCAGCACCAUGGUGAUUGUCGGGAUGUCAGUAGUGGCCACAGUCAUCGUCCUUCAGUUCCAUCACCACAACCCCAACAGCGGAAACAUGCCACGUUGGGUGAACCUGGUUCUGCUGCAGUGGGUUCCUUGGUUCCUGCGGAUGAAGCGUCCAGGAGAGGGAGCGGAGCCGCCUCUUUCCAGCUGCCAGGUAGACUCUCAGAGCAAGACCAUGUCCUCUCCUACCACCACCCAUACCACCACCACCAUCCCAACGCCAGCGCCCUCCAUCCACCCCCAGGGGCUCAACUCCCUGCAGGCCAGCCUGGCUCAGCUCAACCACCCUCUGUCACACCCACCGCCCCACCGGCUCAAUCCUCAGGCUGUCAUCCUCCCCAAUCCCAUCAACAGAGACCCCAGCCCCAAUCCGCAUCCACAGCCCAACGGCCAUCUGCUCUACAUGGGCUUCCAGACCUUCCAGACCACUGCAGAGCUGGAGCCAGUUCAGAGGAAUAGAACCACAAGUCACGGGAGGGUUAACAGUGGACUAGGUGGAGGGGAAGGAGAGGGAGCAGCAGCAGGAACAGCUGGAGAUACACCUAUCCAUCACCACAUCCAAUCUUCUAAGUUUGGGAGCCCCCCACAGGAAACUCCCCUGUCCCCAGACCCUGACCCAUUAGCCACAUCCUCUGGACCCUGUGGCCUAGAGGCCGGGGCUGGAGCAGGGAGAUCUAUACACACCCACAGCAGUGUGAUCCGAUCUGUGGCAGUGGACAACCAGCUGCAGGCUCUCCUGUCGGAGGUGCAGUUUUUAGUGGACCGUGUUAAGGAGCAGGACCGGCAGCUCAGUCUGGCAGAGCAGUGGCAGUUUGCUGCAGCUGUCAUCGAUCGCCUGUGUCUGGUGGGAUUCAGUGUUUUCAACAUUAUCUGUACCAUCGCUAUUCUCAUGGCUGCACCCAACUUUGGAGAAGCGCUGUCAAAAGACUUCCUCUGACAAACCAGAAACAGAGAGAGAGUGGGGGAUGUUAAGGGAUAACACAGAUGAGGAUUUGUUGGAAGCACAAUUGCUGUUAAUAACAGCGGGACAUGCAACUGCAAAUAUUUCCUAUUCAGUAGGAUGGAGUGGACUAUGAUUCAGAAACAUUAUGGUGCAAUUUAUUUACAUUUUCAUGACAGAAUAGACCUGACGAUGCUCACAUUCACACAUUCUUUCAAGUUUGAUUGAUGUGUUUGUUUCUCCCAAAAGGCGGCACUCCAGUCUUAAAAAAAGUGAAAGAUCGUCUCAUGCAUUGAUCCUUUUGGUGAGUUUUAUUUCCAACUAAUGGACUGAAACCUUCAACAGAGCAUCACAUGUUUCAAUGGAAUACGGAUGAUCGUUGGUAGAUUUUGAUUUUGAUUUUUGAAAAACUUUGACAGUUUGACAGAGUUUUGAGGAUCCCAAAGGAAAUUCAUCCCAGAAUCUAUGUGAAAACCUGGAAGCAUGACUUAACUAAAUUUGUUAUAAAGUAUUUGUACUGCCGUCUUUGGAUGCUACAUGAAGAUGCUCAGUAGAGAAACUGGACACUGAUGUGCUGCAUGUAAACCUGUAUUUCCUGACAAUACAGACCAGAGUCUCUGUGUGCUGUGUGUCACGACUGAUGGGUUUCUUUACAGGAUUUUAUUUCUAAUUUAUUUUUUUUAAAUUUCAAUUUAAUUUUUUAUUUUCAUUAAAGCUUUGCCCAAGGAUUCCUUUUCAA